ACUUAAUUACGCAAAUAGGUCAAAUACAGUAGGCACUUUUAUCGAAAUUUUACGCUAAUUACCCAACUAAUUAACCUAACAAUAGUAAAAAAAGUAGAGCAACAGGUGCCUUGUUUUUAUACACCAGAUCCAUUUCAUUUACUUCAAAGUAGUAGUAUAAAACACUGAAUUAGAGACAAAAAAAAUUAACAUCACGUCAUAUUAAUCAUAUUAUCCACUGCCCAUUUGUUCAUUUUGUCCCUAGCGUUAAGGUUGUCUAGAAGAGAUCGCUAUUUAGCGAUAAGACUGCCUUUUUGUACCUAUAUUUUAAGUUUUCUUUUUUGUAACCUGUCAUUUGUGUUUUGUGGUACAAUAAAGUAUAUACAAUUAUACAUAUAUACAUACAUUAUUCAAAGAUUCAAAGAUUAAAUAAUAUUAUCAAUACCUAGCCGAUUUGUUUUCGAUAUUAUUCUUGAUAGUUGAAGUGUCCAUUAUUUUAUGCCCAAGUAAUAAUAUCAGACAGCAUAAUAGAGAGAAAAAAUCUACAAAAUUCAAAUUAACUGUUUAGUUCAGUUUUUGUGUGGGAAGUUGGAUCCGCUUCGUGAUAGUACGAUACAGUGUAUAAACAUUAGCGUUGCUAAAUAAAGUGAAAUAAUAAAACCAAGUUAUGUAUCCUAUUAAUAUUAAAAUAGUAUUUCUCAUUUCAUUCUAUGUUUUUACUGUUGGGACAUCCAUGAAUUGUUAUUGGAAUUCUGAGUGUGUUUACAAGUAUUUUUCAAGUAAAACUCCUUACAAUUCUGUGAGAGGCGAUAUCAGAGAUUCAAAAGUUAAACUAAAAGGGUGUGAACCGGUCAGUAUUUGGACUUUAAUAAGGCAUGGAAAACGAAAUCCUGGCAUCGAUUAUUCAAAAAUGAUGUUAGAGGCGUUGACAAUAAGAGAUUAUGUAGUAGAAAGUUACUUGAGAGGAAACAGUUCCCUUUGUGCCCAAGAUGUUGAAAAUUUACGCAAUUGGGAAGUUGACACAAAGUUAUUUGAAAACACACAUGGUCUAACCAACGAGGGAUAUCAAGAAAUACUGGGAAUAGGGAGGAGGUUAAAGGAGGCUUACAGUGAAUUACUUUCGGAUCUCGAAGAUGGGAGCUACUCAUUAAGACCGGCUUUUGGACAUUGGGUCGAAGAUGGUGUCGAGGGCUUUGUUAGAGGUGUUACGAAUAAAACGUUGCUUGUCGAGAAGUCGGACCCUCAAUACGACAUAAUGGCGCCUUAUGAAGCCUGCCCUAAAUAUAUGUUAGGCGUGAAAAAUAAUCCAGCAACUUACAAUGAAGCAGAAAAAUACGAAAACUCUCCGGAAUAUAUUGCAACAAAACAAAGAAUUCAAAAGCGUUUGGGCAUACAAUACGUCCUAACAAAUAAAAAUAUAACCGCCUUGUAUGACUUAUGUCGUUAUACAUGGCCUGCGACUGAUAACAAAGGGAGUCCGUGGUGCGCUUUGUUCACGAAAGAAGAUCUUUACCCAAUAGAGUACCAUAGCGAUCUCAGGCAUUACUAUAGAAACGGCUAUGGUACGCCGAUAAAUGAGAAAUUCGGACAAAUUCCUAUGGCAGAUUUGUAUAAGACGUUUUCUAAUGCUAAAACCAAUAACAGUCGGAAAUUAACAUCUUAUUUCACACACGCUACUAUGAUUGACAUGGUCUAUACUGCUCUGGGAUUAUUUAAAGACAAAAUGCCCUUGACUAGUGUGCACAGAGACCCUAACAGGAAGUGGAGGUCGACCAUGAUGGCCUCGUGCGCCGCAAAUAUCAUUGCAGUAUUGAACAGAUGUUCUACACACAACAAAGAAGAUUAUAAGAUCGUUUUUUAUUCAAAUGAAGAACCGCUUACCUCAAUAUGCGAGGAUGGAGUCUGUUCGUGGCAGAAGUUUGAAAAUAAAUUCAAGCCUUUCAUUUUCUCUUGCAGACCGCCUUACGCAACCUGUGGCUAUUACCAAGAUAAAGUACAACACAACCCAAACGUUUAUGCUGAGUCUGAGAAAUACUUACGCUCAUCUGAGUUUUUGGCGACAAAAGAUAGAAUACAGCGGAGAAGUGGGAUAGAACUCAGUCUCACCGAAGAAAACAUCACAGCGUUAUAUGACUUAUGUCGUUACACCUGGUCCGCGGUUGACUGUCAAAUUAGUCCCUGGUGCGCACUUUUUACCAAGGAUGAUUUAGAAGUUCUCGAGUAUGCACAAGAUUUGAGACAUUAUUACAGAAACAGUUACGGCACUGCCGUGAAUGAAGUUUUUGGAAAAGUCCCAUUAGGGGACCUGUUCACAAGCUUCGAAAAUGUUUCCAAAGGCGAAGGAAAGAAAAUUGUCGCUUAUGUAACUCAUGCGACGAUGCUGGACCAAAUAUACUCGACUUUGGGACUUUUCAAAGAUAGCAAACCAUUAACUGGCGCACACCGGGAUCGGGAUAGGAAGUUUAGAACGAGCAAGAUAUCUGUGUUUUCUGCCAAUUUGGUCGCUGUUCUGAAUAGAUGCGCUAAAGAGGGCUCAGAGGAGUACAAUGUGGUGUUCUACUUAAACGAGGAGCCAAUAAGAUCAAUAUGUGAAGAGGGUGUUUGCUCAUGGGAAGACUUCGACAAAAGAUUACGACCAUUUGUAAACGCUACCAUUGACUUUUGCGGGGAAGCAACUGAACAUUAUUAAUGAACAAAAAUAAUCGACAGUAUAAUUACAUGUAUGUAAUUCUUAAUAAAGACUUAAUAAUGGAGAUAGAGAUUUAUUUGUGGACAAUAAAUAAAAAAUAAAAUUACUUACUCUUACUUAAUCUUCUAGUGGACUCCUAAAUUUUCGAAUCCAAAAGAUAGGAUUGGAUCUUGAUCUGUGUUAAUAAAUAAGGAAUUUCAAGAAUAUUGUAAUCUAUUUUUAUUACACUAAAAAUAUUAUACUUAAUGCAAAAUAAAUAA